AUGGCGCACUCCCCAAGCCGGGCACCGACGCGACCAGGAGUUUCUCCAACUCGCUGCUACGGACUCCAAUAUCUCGAGGGCGAGAUGCUGUCGUUGGUUGGAGUGGCGGCGGGCUUGAGGUCCUCCCUCACGCUGUCCACGUGCUGCGUCAGUUUACGAGACACCCUAGCCUCCCCCGCCCUCGACGGGCAGCUCUUCGGCAGGCUUUACGCUACGCUGGCCGCAGUGGACGACCCCCUGGACGCGUUCCUCCAAUCGCCACCUCGCCGCAACCCCACCGACCGACGAGGUCUUCGUCAGCCGUACGAACCGGUCUUACGAAGCACCACCACGGUCCGCAGCGUUCGCCAACUACACCAUCCUGACACAAAGCCUGUCGGGCCGCCGCCCCACCCGCCGGAGGCACUGGCAGAGGAGCCGGAGAGCUCAAUCGCCCGAAAACGAGCGCGAUCAUCACCCGGUCGCGGGGUUUCCGCUCACGAAGGCGUCGCCGGGGGCACCGGUGCUGUUCCAAGCGAAGGCUUGCCUGGUGCUACUCCGCUGCCGGGGGGCUGUUUCUCCCCGAAGCUGCCGUCGGGAGACGUAGCAGGCGGUGUCGUCGGCGGACUGGGGGAGGCGCAGCGGCGAUUGGGCGGCCCAGCCGGAAGUGCGUGGCAGCAGCGGAAGAGCUGGAAGAUGCGGCUCAGGGGGGACCUGGUGACGUGCAGGAAGCCGUCAGAAAGGUUUUCGUUCGCGGGACAGCGGAGGUCCCUCGACUGCACGAUCCGGGUGCGUUCGGUGCCCACCUGCGACUGGGUAAGGCGGCUACGGGGGCACGAGAGCGGAGUGCGGUGCUUAGCUUUUCACCAGACUGGAAGGCAGGGGCUUGUGAGUGCCGAUUCUCUUGGAAUGAUAGCGGUGUGGGAUGUUUUUCCUGUCUCCCAGAGGCUACAGACGAUGCAGGGGCACUCGGACAGCGUUCAGGUGUUGACGUGGACGGGCGGCGGCAAGCGACUCGCGAGCGGCGCGUUAGACGGCAGCGUCGUGGUGUGGUCGGUGUCCGCAGAGGGCGACGCCCUCGACCCCGUCUUCCGCUACGGCGGCUUCUGCCACCCGUACCGCCUCGUGGCGAUCGGCAGGUGUUUAGCCUUCUCCUCCUCGGAACUCCCUACGGUAGAUGCGCUGUUCGAUGGGCCACCUUCCCACGCGGCGUCGCUCAGUGAUACAACGGCUGGACAUCAGGGAAACAACGGCCACCGUGAUGGUGGUAGUGACGAUCCACCGCUGCUAGCGGUGUCCAAAGGAGCUCACAUCUCGGUUGUCGAUGUGGAUACCUCGCCGUCCCCUGGCGUUGCCGAGAAGCCCGGGUGUGCGCGAGUGGCCACAGGUCUCGGCAGGCUUCAGCAUCUAGUAGCCGGGGCCUCGAUCGGGUCGGUGGCCCUAUCGCGGAUGGAGUCCUGGACCGCAGAUUCCGACAGCAGCAGCAUCGACAGCGACGACGAAGGUUACGUCUACGCGGGAGGGCGUGGAAUUACCCACCGCGCGCCGCGCCUCUGCCGCAUCCUCAGCGCCGCUAGGGCGACGUCGUUCGGACAGUUUCCCGCGGCGGGAGUGAAAUCGAGGCCAGUUGGUGGUGGUGGUGGUGGUGGUGGUGGUGGUGGUGGUCAUGGCGGCGGCGGUGACGGCGGUGCUCUGGAGGCGGAGUGGGUGAGCGUUUCUCGUUACCGAUGGCUGUGGCCGGCGAGAGAGACGGCACCGCGGCACGAUAGCAUGCACGGCGGAGGUCUAGGCGGCGGCAAGCCGCCCGCGACCAGCAGCAGCCGUAACGGCGACGACGACGACGACGACGACAGCGGUGAAGAUCUCGACGCGGGGGCAUUGUGUACGUGUGCCACCUUCGUGGGCAGGACGCUAUUCCUAGGAUACGACACAGGAUAUAUAUGGGCACACCGGGCCUUCGAUGGCCGCCGGCUUUAUCGCCUGAGCACGCCCGGUUCUCUCGCGAGACUGACGGAGGCGGAGGGUUCUCUGUUCGCCUACUCUGCCUCUGGCGUGGUAUCGAGGUGGAGAUGGAGGGACGACGCGAGAUAGAAGACGCCCCUCGAU